CGCGACCGACUUCACAACGAAAGAAUAUUAAUUUUCCUUCGUGUUCGUGAUUCAUGAAAUUCGACCGGGACGGUGAGGACGCUAUUAAUUUGUUCAAAAAUUCUUUGUGAAAUUAGUGUUUCUAUCAAUCGUUUCAUUGUGAAAAACAACAGAUCAUACAGGGAAACAUCGAUUUAAUAGCAAAAAGCAUUUUCUUUGUGUAAAGUACCCGAAAACAAAAUCCAAAAUGUCGGAAAAUUGGGGACAAAACGGUGAAUCACAGUAUGGACGAAGCUAUGGCAACAGCAAUUUCCGAGGCGGUCAACGUCGCGAUGGAGCAGGAGGACCGGCCGGUUAUGGAAGCGGCGGUCAAAGAGGACCAGGUGGAUAUGGCGGUGGCGGAGGUUAUGGUGGCGGACAAGGACGAGGUUAUGGUGGUGGCCGAGGAGGAGGAUAUGGACAAGACCGCCAACCACGACAGAAUUAUGGUGGCGGUGGAUACAACAAUUUCGCAGAUGGAUCAUCAUCGAACAUAGAGAUUGAUUCGAACAAAGUCGGUAUGGUUAUUGGCCGUGGCGGUGCCAAGAUUCGUGAAAUUCAGGAAAAUUUCAACGUUCACGUCAAAAUCGAUCGAGAAGCAGGGCAAAACGGUUAUACUGGUGUAACAAUCAGAGGUGAUGACACUGCCAUUGAAAGUGCGAAGACAUACAUUCAGAACCUUGUAGCCGCUAAGUAGUUACAAGCAAGCAUUUACUUAAAAUUUUUGAUUAUAAUACCUGAAUUUACUUCCACUUAUUUUCAUUGAUUUAAAGGAAUAACACACAAGAAGGAAAAAAAAUACAAACAAAAAAGGAUUAAAAAAAAAUAAAAAAUUUAUAUUGUCGUAAAAACGGUCUCUUUUGACUAUAAAUUGAUUGAUGGCCAAAACUGAAAGAAAGAUUAACAAUAAAUAAAAUGAGAAAAAAAAAAUUUCAAGCAACAAUGAUAUAAAAAGACGAAA